AUGAGUCACCUCAGGGUUUCCAUGCUCUGGGGAUUAAUUUACAUCCUUGUUGGCUUUUAUAUCUUGGAUUGCAAAGCCAAGAGUGUCGGUGAUACAAACAACAGUGAAAAUGCAAUUAAAGACGACUCAGUGGAGUACCUAAAAUCUUAUGGGGAGAAAAUGAGAUCUUACAUGAAUUUUAGCGUGGAGCCCUGUGUUGAUUUUUACGAAUACGCCUGUGGAAAUUGGAAAAACGUACGUCAGGAUCGCUUCCAUUCCAACCACAGGAAAAACAACGUUAUGGAUAUAGUCUUCACCCUGCGCGACGAAGUAGAGAAGCUCUUGACCAACACAAUGUUGGCCCAGGCACUCAACGUUUCUUCGGAACUGUUGGUUGCGCAACAGUUCUAUAACACGUGUCUCUCGGCGGUGGUGUUUCCGUUUCCAGCCGCUGAUCCCGCUUAUCUGGAGCUUAUCAGGUCCGUAGGCGGUUUUCCUGCGGUCGACGGGCUAGCAUGGAAUGCCUCUAGCUUUAGCUGGUUUAAUAUGAGCGCCCAUCUUACUAAUUUCGGGGUCAAAGGGCUGAUCAACGAGUUUAUUAUGUCCCAGUACCCCUUUGGACCGUAUUUUAAAUUGCCGGAACUGGGGCUUGAUCACAUCGUCCAGACGGAUAACAUAGCCAACAAUUCCUCUCGAGCCUACAAGCUAAACGAGAAUCGGAUGCAGAGGUAUCUGCAAGCCUAUAAUCUCACGGAGGGCCAGAUUUCGGAAGUGAUUGCUGGCGUUUUUGACUUCUGGCGUGACGCACUCGCAGUUGCGGAUAAAUUUGAUGGCGAUUUCGAGAAAUGCAUAAUAAUUUCAGAAGAUAAAAACGUGCCAAAAUAUGAUCAGUGGGAUAGCUACUAUGACAUUGCAUGGAAUGGGGUAUUUGAUUCUAACUGGUUCGGAAAUAAAGAAUAUUGCAGCUACUAUUACGAACUGUUGGAGAAAGUGUGCUUAAAGCACCCAGAGGCUGUGGCAAACUAUCUGGCCAUGCUUCUGUUAUAUAAAAUGGAUGCCGGAUUGAAGGACGAGAAGUAUCACAAGGAUUACUGCCUCUCGACAGUGCAAAGUGGCUUUGAAUAUUUAUUUGACAAGCUCUACAUGGCGCAUUUUAAAGACCGAACUCGUUCAGAAGUAGCUGAUAUUAUACAGGAGCUACGCAAUAACCAAAGGAAAAUGCUUGAGAAAGUCGAAUGGUUGGACCCGGAGACUCGGCAGGAGGCACUGCUCAAAGAGUCCUCCAUCGAAUCUGUAAUUGGUAACUAUAAAAACUAUAAGGUAACUGACCGCUUGAUUCAAGAAAUUAAUGGUCUGGAGUUGGAGGAUAGAAGCUAUUCCCAGAGUAUGAUCCAGAUACAAAAAUUAGUCACCCACGUGAGCCGUUUCGGUGGACUCCACCACGAGGAACUGCAGGAGGAUGCCAAGCCUUUGAGAGUCUUUUUGGGCAUGCAAGUGAAUGCCUUUUAUAACAACCUUGAUAGCUCCAUUUAUGUUAUGGCUGGCAUACUGCAUCCACCAGCAUAUCAUCCUGACUGGCCCAAUUCUCUGAAAUUUGGUACUUUGGGCUACCUAGUGGGUCACGAGUUAACCCACGGCUUUGAUACUACCGGCGCUAUGUUCAACAGUAAUGGUUAUUUACGCAACUGGUGGUCAAAGAAGUCUAGGGCGGUUUUUGAGGAGCGGGCAAUGUGUUUUGUGGACCACUACGACCGCUAUCUUAUACCUGAGAUUAAUCGUCACAUCAAUGGCAAAGAGACCCAGGACGAAAACAUCGCAGAUAGCGGUGGGUUGCAGGGUGCCUUUGAUGCAUAUCGCAACCACAUGAAACAGUUAAAGAAUAUAAGCUAUGAGGACAACGAUAUCCUAAAAAGCGAACAAAUGCCCGGGCUGGAUCUAUCGCCAGAACAGCUUUUCUUUCUCGGUUUUGCACAGACGAUGUGUGCGGACUUCGAGGAGGAACAUUAUUGGGAAGAGUUAGCCAAAGAACACACCAUUGACAAGUAUCGUGUCUUGGGGGCAAUCUCUAACAAUCAUGAUUUUUCUCAAGUCUAUAAUUGCCCCUCCGGCAGUCCAAUGAAUCCCCAAAAUUCUUGCCGCAUUUGGUAA